AUUGCUUCUCAAUUCCCCUAUUUUCUUCCCAAUCUUUCCUCCAAUGGGAAACAGCCACGCCACCAAACGGAGCACCACCGCCGUCGAAGAACAACCCGCCGCCAUCAAUCUCGCCGCCAAGGACCUCACCACCUACGAAGCCGCCUGUGUGGCCGACGCCGAUGUCCGAUCCUUCGAUAAAGCCCUCCAAGCCCGAGCCAACCAAGUCCUGACCACAUUAGCCGACGACGGCGGCGGCGGCGGUGUCCAAGUCCGAGCCCUGUCUUUCGAUUCCCUGAAACAAGUCACGGAAUGCCUCCUCGAAAUGAACCAGGAGGUGGUUCGAGUCAUUCUGCAAUGCAAAAAGGAUAUUUGGAAGAGCCAGGAGGUGUUCGAGCUGGUUGAAGAUUACUUUGAAAAUAGCCUCCAGACGCUUGAUUUCUGUACUGCUCUGGAAAAUUGCUUGAAACGAGCUCGGGACAGCCAGUUGCUGAUUUUAAUGGCGCUCCGGCAGUUCGAGGAGGAGGAAACUCAUGUGGGUCGGAAUCGUUUUGUCAAAACUUUGCAGGAAUUGAGGAAUUUUAAGGCCUCUGCUGAUCCAUUCACUCAGGAGUUCUUCAACAUCUUUCACUCUGUUUAUAAACAGCAAAUGGUAAUGCUCGAGAAGCUUCAACAGAAGAAAAACAAGCUCGACAAGAAGCUGAAGUCCAUCAACACAUGGAGGAAGCUCUCGAGCAUGAUAUUUGCGGCCACAUUCGCCGCCGUGUUAAUCUGCUCGGUAGUAGCAACGGUGAUCGCAGCACCGCCAGUCACGGCAGCGCUAUCAGCAGCUUCCUCCAUUCCACUAGGCUCCAUGGGAAAGUGGAUUGAUUCCUUAUGGAGGAGCUAUGAGAAUGCAUUGAAAGGGCAAAAGGAAGUGAUAAGCUCAAUGCAGGUCGGGACGUAUAUCGCGAUCAAAGACAUGGACAACAUUCGGGUUCUGGUCGGGAAGGUCGAGACGGAGAUGGAGGGAAUGUUGGAGAAGGCGGAGUUCGCCAUCGAAGAGGAAGCUGUGAAGGUUGGAGUGGAGGAGAUGAAGAAGAAACUAGAUGUGUUCAUGAAGAGCGUUGAGGAUUUGGGAGUUCAAGCUGAUUUGUGUAGCAAAGACAUUACAAGAGCAAGGACAGUGGUUUUGCAGAGGAUAAUAAAACAUCCUAAUUAACAUCUUAAUUUCGAUUAGUACUAUGUAAUUAAUUACAUUCUUUCAUUUAUUUUUUUAUUUUAUAGAUAU